UAUGUUAUUGAGUUUACGUACCUAUUAUUGGUGUAAAUAAAUUUUGUUUUAAUCAUUAAUAGGCGAGGUAAUUAUUAACACAUAGAGUGUUAUAUAUUUUAUCAGUUUCAAGUGAAAAUACUGUUUGUUUUUUCUGCAAUUAGUUGUGUAAAGGCUUUUGUUGCACUAAUUUAUAGAAUUACAGGAAUCUGUUUUUUUUUUUGGUGUGAAAUGCAGACAAAACAUGGCGUAAAGCCGUUGUUACACAUGUGUCACAAAAAUUAGUAAAAAAAAGAAGAGAAAACUCCUUAUGUGAUUGCUUAUCAUUUAAUUGUAUCUGUAAAUCUUGCCGUGCUUCAAAUUGUUUUUAAGAAAUUGCCUUUUAAAAUAUUAUUCCGCAGUGGAUUUAAAAUUAUUGCAGAAAAAUGGUGUGUGUGGCAAAUGAAGUUAAAUUGAAAUGCGUGGUCUGCGUUGGAGAGGAAAAAUCUGUAUUUUGCACUUUUACACUUCCAACGUCUACGUCCAUUUUGGGACUCCAUUUUAUAAUUUCAAGACUUCGUAAAUGUGAACCAUUUACCUUUGAAAUUCACUACAAUGAGACUAACUUGAUGAAGGACAAUUAUAUUACUAGGACAUUAAUUGAAUUAUUUCCUAAUUGUUUGAAACAAUCGACUGAGGAAAUUACAAUAGAAAUAAAUGAUAUACCAAAAGCGACAAUUCAAAAUAUUUGGGAAGACAUAUGUAUCGCAUUUAAAAAGGAUUCAAAUGGAAAAGAACUUGACAAUUGUUACAAACCUACUCCUACUCCUAGUAUAAGUCGAUCAGUCGAGUUUGUUAACAGUCAACCAACAAAGAACUAUGUGGGUUUAGUGAAUCAAGCAAUGACUUGCUAUUUAAAUAGUUUACUGCAAGCAUUGUACAUGACUCCAGAAUUUAGAAAUGCUUUAUACAAUUGGGAAUAUUCUGAUGGUUCCGAUAAAGAUCAGUCUACCAGUAUACCAUAUCAGUUACAAAAAUUGUUUCUCAGUUUACAGACCUCAACGAAACCAGCUGUUGAAACAACAUCAUUAACGAAAAGUUUUGGUUGGGAUUCCUCGGAAGCUUGGCAGCAACACGACAUUCAAGAACUCUGUCGAGUUAUGUUUGAUGCCUUAGAAAAAAAAUUCAAAAAUACAGAACACUCUAAUCUUAUCAAUCGACUUUAUGAGGGAAAAAUGAUAGACUAUGUAAAGUGUCUCGAGUGUAAAACAGAAAAGACGAGAGAGGACACUUUUCUUGACAUCCCAUUACCACUGAGGUCAUUUGAUAGUACAACUGCGUAUGAGAGCGUGGAGGAAGCACUAACGGCUUUUGUAAAAUAUGAAACAUUAGAUGGAAACAAUCAAUAUCAUUGCGAAAAGUGUAAUAAAAAAUGCGAUGCACAUAAAGGUCUUAAGUUCACAAAGUUUCCUUACAUAUUAACAUUGCAUUUAAAAAGAUUUGAUUUCGAUUACAAAACACUUUUUAGAGUGAAACUUAACGACAGAGUUACUUUUCCGUAUUAUAUUGAUUUAAAUUCGUUUAUUGAGAAGGCAGUGAGUAAAGAAUCUCCUUGUUUAGAAGAAGAUGCUGGAAUGAGUGUUAAAUUUGAUGAUACCUCGACGACAGACAGUGGAACUGUAGAAGAUGAUUGUCCACCUUGUAAUAAUGUGGCGCAUGAUCAAGAAAAUGACGAGGGAAUAGAUAUGAGUAAUGGAAUUGCCACGACAAAUGGUGUUGCAAAUUCCCAUGAAACUGGAAAGAAUAUUGAAAAAUGUCCAAAAGAUGAUAGUCCAUAUAUUUAUGAUCUUUUUUCAAUUAUGAUUCACAAUGGAGGUGCUAGUGGUGGUCAUUAUUAUGCGUAUAUUAAAGAUUUUACGACCAAUCAAUGGCUGUGCUUCAAUGACACAACUGUCAAUACAAUAACGGACAGUCAUAUUGAACGUGUUUAUGGUGGUGGGCCAACGAAAGCAUAUUCAAGUAGUACAAAUGCCUAUAUGCUCAUGUAUCGACAAAUAGAUCCAACUAAAAAUGAUGUACCAAUGCAAGAGAAGGAUUUUCCCGAGCACAUUAAAUUAUUAUUGGAAAAAAUGAAGGAAUCUGAGGAUGCUGAUAAAAAUUGUCAAGUUCGCAUUGAAUUGUUUUGUAAAAUUGAAGUUUAUUGCAAUCAUCCAAAAGCGAAGAAAUUAAUGAUGAAAUGGAUACGUUUAGGACAGUAUGCAACAUUUGCUGAAUUAAAGGAGAAGGCUUAUGAAAAAUUUAGUCUCUAUGGAGAUGUUGAUCUUGAUCAGUGUCGACUUGUUUUUUACGAUUCAAGAGAAAAUAUAAUUAAACAAACGUACAAGGGCAAGGAGAACGCUUUAAUUGGUGAAAUUUUUAAAAAUUACACUGAAGAUCCGGUAUUGCUCCUUGAAAUUCGUGAGAAGGAUCAAGAAUUUGAAACAUAUAAACCAAAUGGUAUCCCGUUACAAGUGUGCGUUAUAGAUCCAAUUAAUGAGGAUUUUAUUGAAGGACCAUUUAGUGUUAGAGGUCAUAAUUGUCAAAGUGGAGCGGAAUUUAAACAACAACUGUCGAAAAUUAUAAAUAUCGAACCACAAAAUAUGAAUGUCUAUAAAAGAGAUCAUUUAAGAAGUGGCUAUCAUUUAUUUGACGAUGAGAAAGUAUUACAGAGUUAUAAAUUAGAAGGUUCUUAUAAAAUAUUCGUCACAACUCCGAUUGAAUCUGAAGAAUCGGGUUCAACUAAAAUUCUUGAUCUUAUUGACAAUUUUCAAAGAGUAAUGUGGCUGCAUAUCCAAUUACCAGACAUUGACAAAGAUUAUACGGAGGAAUUGCAGAACCUUGCUUUGGAAACUAAAGAGGAAACAAUCUCCAAUGAACCGAUAGAUUCAUUGAAUUCCGAUUUGGUCGAAUCUGUUGAUAAGGAAUCAUCUCCAUCACAGGAAAAUUGUACAGAUUCAAAUGAAAAGAAUUCAAUUGAUCAAACAACAGGGAAAAGUGAAUCGGAAAUUCCAUUUGAGAGUUUAGACGUUGUUGAUGGUUUAAAAGAAAAAUGUUCAAUUCAUAAUUCAAAUGAAACUAAUGUGAAAUGUCAGGGUUUAGAAAGUGCCAGUGAAGAUAGUAGUCUAAGCGAUAGUGAAAAAACACUAGUGGACAACAGUUCUGUAAAAAAUAAUUCAUUCUACGAUAUUGAUUCAGUUUAUGAUAAACUCUGUCAAAAGUAUUCACAAACCAAUGAUGAACCUAAUUAUUAUUUCAAGAGUACUUUCGAUUCUUCAGAAGGAAAUAAUAGUCUGUUGAAAGUAUACGCGGACUAUAGAACAACAAUUAAGACAUUAAAGAAAAAAUUGGAGAAAAUUGUUGGAGUUCCGGUUGAUUCGUUCAAUGUUUGUACACAACAAAAUUCAGAUUCUUCAGAAGCGGAAGCUAUUGGUUUAAAUAAUAAACUUGGUGUUUAUAGCAAUGGCCAAAGAUUUUCCAUUGUAUUAGAUGGUGCACUUCGAAAGAAUGAAAUAAAAUUGAAAUUUUAUGUAUUAAGUCUAACGUCGACACAUGAGCCGCAUAGAUAUUUAAUGACCUACACUACUUCUCAAGACAUGACAGUUGCUCAAGUAAAGAAAAUAAUGAUUGAUCAAGUAAAACGGAAAUGUAAUGUUGAUAUUCCAAUGAAUAGGCUCAGGUUCAGGGAGAAAUUGAAUACAUUUAUGUCGGACAUACUGUUUAAUGAUAUGCAAAUGGGAAGUGUUUUUCUUAAUAAGGAAAAUGAAAUUGUCAUUCAAGAAUUACAGGAAGAUGAGACUGUUUUUUCGGUUAAUCAAACUGUUUUAUUUGUUCGAUAUUGGUCGAGAAGUACACUUGAACUUCAAUCCUGUCAAGAGAUUGUGUUUGAAAGAAAUAAUCUUUCUGAUAUGAUGGAGAAGAUUGCGUCCUUAUCAAAUAUACCGAGAGAAAAUCUCGAAAUAGCACUGGGGAAAGGUGAUUUUCCAUGUGAUUGUAGAAGCUGGCUUAAUUUGGAUAGCGAAGUAAAUUGGAGAACGGAAAGUCAAGAGAACGAGAAGACCUUAAUUAAAUUAUAUGUUGGAAUCGUUAUCUUGUACAGAAAUUCGCAAGAGCCUUUAAAGAAAUUAAAUCCCGAAGAGACUGCAGAAUUUAUGAAGAGUGAAAGAUUACUUUCAUAUGGUUCAGGAAUUCCAAAUUAUUAUAGUCAUCGAAGGGAAAAGCCAUUGAAAAUAUACUUCAAUUCGGAUUGCGACUGAAGAUAAUUUAGAUAUUUUUGAAUUGUGCCCGAAAUCAGACACAUUGAGAAAGAGAUUUUUGUCGUAAUCUUCAUAUUACUCCGACAUUCAAGUCUUCCUUUCUUAAAGAAAAAAAACUUUAGUCUUUCUAUAAAAUGGAGAAAAUAUUUCAUUAGUUCGAAGAUUUAUCAGUUUUUGAGAUAGGAAUUUUUUUCUAAUUUUAAUUUUUUCAGUUAUUAAUCGAUGUUUUUUUUCUUGUUAUACGACAUUUUUAUCUCCUCCUAUUUCGAUUCUUCUCUUUGUCAUAAUUAACUGUAUAAAAGAAAAUUAAAGAAAAUCAACAAAUUCUGUAAAUAACAUAUAUAUUUAAGAACUCUGCUCUAACAAUUCAGAAAGUGUAACAAAAGAAAAUCAAUCUGUAACUGUAAAAAAAAUAAUGGACGAAUUUAUAAAAUUUUUUUGGUUUUGAUAUUUAAUAUUUUUAAAGCUAAUGUAUUAUAAUGUUUGCAAAUUCUAUUUUAAAUGAUGAAAAAUUGCAUUUAGAUUGUGGCUCUUGACGACAAUUUUCUAUACUGAAGAAAAUGGUUUUAUGAAUUUUGUUUUUCUUUUACUAUGAAAAAAAAAUAAAAAAAACACAGUGUUAUUCGUUAAACACUUUAAAAAAAAAUUACUAUUCGUCAUAUUUUCGGAUUUUUAAUGUUACAUACUAUUAUGUUUAAGUAAUAAAUUAUUUAUUGUAUGUGUGAAAUUUCGACACUUGAGAUUGUUUUUAAUUUAAUAAUUAUUACUUUAAGAAGAAAGGAGAGCUUCGGUUGCUUCUGGACUAGAAUUAUAUUCUUUGUCAAGAAAUUUGAAUGUCUAAAUUAUGUUUUUUGAGUGAAAGAAUUAAAUUAUAAAAUGAAUAAAUAAAUUAAAUUAUGAAAUUAAUGAAUAUUAAAUUAUAAAGUUAAUAAAUUAAUGAAAGUGUAAAAAUAUAAAUUAAACAUUUUUUUAAUAAAAUGUGGUUUUUAAGAAAUAAGAAUUUUAUUUAUUCAUUUACGAUGCUCUCUUUUCUUCAAUAAAUUACUUUUAUAAGAAUGAAAAUGUUGAAUUGCAAAAAGCAAAUUGUAAAUGUAAUACGAAAACAUAAAGUGGAGAAAAAAUUAUGUGAAGUUGCAUCCUCUUUGUGGAUAAACUUAAGACUUAUUACAUCUCUCCUGACCAUUGACGAUCAAAACAUUUUUCUGUAUUAUACACUAUAAAGAAAUUAUAUUUAUAAUUAUUAACAAAGGAAUAUUGAAACUGAA